AUGAAGUUCACCAGUGCAUUUACCGCUGCAUUAUUGGCAUGUGCAAGACUAGCUUUAGCUGACUCUGAGACCUUCGGCCUUCUAGUCAUCAGAUCGGGUUCGAGCUUGCAGUAUGCUUCCGCGUAUGCUCAAGAUUCCAAGCUGUACCUAGGCAGCAGCUCUGACUCGCUUUCUGCUGUUGUCACCGACGAUGGAAAGCUGAAGCUCUCCGAUGAUAAGUAUGCUGUCGUGAGCUCUGACGGCUCCGUCGUGGAGGGAUCUGAGUCUGAAGGCUCCAGUGAGUUCUCCAUUUCUGAGGGACAUUUGUUGUAUGGUGGUAAGGACGGUUUUGUGGCAGUUCCCUCUGGUUCCGCCUACUUGCUAUACACUAACAACUCGGACUCAUCUAGCAUUGGAGUUGCCAUUAGAGCGACUUCCACAUCUGGGUCCACCGUCCCAGACUUCAGCCCUUCUGGCGAGGACUCUAGUUCAGCGGGCUCAUCCAGCACCGCUGCCUCGUCCGGCACAUCCACCGCUUCCCAGACUACUUUGUCUCCAUCCUCUGGCGCUGAUGCUGCUGUCUCCCAGAUCGGCGACGGCCAGAUCCAGGCAACCACUGCCACUUCUUCCAAGGCCGCUAGCUCUGCUGCGGCUGUUUCCCAGAUCGGUGACGGGCAGAUUCAGGCCACUACAGCCACCUCUUCCAAGCUCACCAGCUCUGCUGCGGCUGUUUCCCAGAUCGGUGACGGACAGAUUCAGGCUACUACAGCCACCUCUUCCAAGCCCACUAGUUCUGCCGCGGCUGUCUCUCAAAUCGGUGACGGCCAGAUCCAGGCUGCCACCUCAGUUGCCAGUCCCUCAAGCUCGUCUUCAAAAACUACCGUCUCAGCUGUUUCCCAAAUAAGCGACGGCCAGAUCCAAGCUACAUCCUCUUCCGCUAGCGUUCAGGUUCAGUCUGAAAACGGUGGAGCCCAAGCUGUUGUGGGGCUAGGCGCUGGUUUUGCUGCCGCUGCUGCCUUGUUGUUGUAA